CGAGCCAUUCCUCACCCGCUCCAUCCAGCAAGUCUCGCAGUGGGGAGCCGCCGCCGCCUCCUCCCCGCUCCCAUCCCAGCUAUGAGCGCCGCUGGCCGUGUGCCGCUCGGGUUCGGAACCAGGGGGCUGCGGGAGAGGAGGGGGGGCAGGGAGCAGCAAGCGCCUCUCCAGCAACGCGGCUCGGUGCCCUCCGCUUGGGACGCGGCUCGCCGCCCAGCCCUCGGGGCACGACUGUGCCCCUUCUUCUGGGCCUCCCUCCCCUCAGCCCGCGCCCCGGUGCCGGUGCCUGUGCCCGCGCAGGCUCCGCUCCUGGAGGAGGCGCCCCGUCGGGGCUUGGCUGCUCCGGGCACCAUGGGGGGGCUCUUUCCCAGCCGGGCGGGCCGGGGCGCCCUUCCUCUUGGCCGCGCGCGCGCGGGGGGCUGCUUCAGGGCGCCUCGGUCCGGAGCUGCCCGCCGUCGCGGAGAUGCCAGCCAGGCGUCGGGCUGCCUGUUGAGCGCGUUGCGCGGGGGGAGCUCCGCGCGCCGCCGCCUGGCGAGGCGAGAGGCGAGGCGGGCCGGCGCGGCUCCUCCGUCCGCCAGGGGCGCUGCGUGCGGAGCCGAGCCCAGGCAGGCACGGCAGCGGGGGGCCGGCAGAGAGCCUGGCCCGGCGGGCGAGCAAGCUGGGGCCGCCGGUGCGCGGCUGCGGGGGCCAUGAAGCGCGAUCGGCGCGGCCGGUUCCUGCCCGCGGGCGCAGCGGGCGGGUCAGCGCUGGAGUCUCCGCCGUCGCAAAGGCGGGAGGCCCCUGCCCGGGCCCGCCGCGGCCGCCCCGUCGCUGCCCGGGCGCCGGAGAAGAAGAGCGCGCCGCCGCCGCCCGAGGAGAAGGAGCCGCCGCCGCAGCCGCCUGAUCGCCACCGGGCCGCCGCCUCGCCAGGAGCCAGGAGCGCCGCCGAGGCGCAGGAGGAAGAGGCGGCAGAAGCAGCUGGAGUCGGCCGGGCCCUGAGCACAGGCUACUGCCGGCUGUGCCACGGGAAGUUCUCCUCCCGGAGCCUACGGCACGCCUUCGGAAAGGUCCCGGUGAUGAGCGAGAGCGCCAAGAAGCAGCGGCGCCUGGACCAAGUCUUCUUCGCGGAUUUCCAGCGCCUGGUGGGGGUGGCUGUCCGGCAGGACCCUGCCCUGCCCCAGUUCGUCUGCAAGAAGUGCCACGCCCAGUUCUACAAGUGCCGCAGCAUCCUCAGAGCCUUCAUCCAGAAGGUGAACAUCUCCCCCGCCGGCCACGUCAAGGCCAGAGGAAAGAACAACGUGCUCCAGCCUCCUCCGCCUGCUGCCGAAGGAGGCGCCCCCUCUUUGGCAGACGUGAUCCCUUCCAGCCCCCAGUGCCUGCACAGCCUGGUGAUGUGGACGCACCGCCACGCCGAGAGCUGCCAGCUGGUGCCGAGCCUGCAGCGCGUGCUGCCCUCCGAGUACUGCCGGGUCCUCCGAGCCGUGUGGGGCUGCCGGGAGGGCCACGACUACGUCAUGAGCACGGAUCCGGACUGCGGCGCCUUGCUGCUUGAUGACGCCUCGCCCGCCAAGCCGGAACUGAGCCAGAGCGCCAGGCGGCAUGUGGCGGGCAACGGGGUGGAUGCCCACAGCACCCCGCCGGAGCCUCAGGCCAGGACAGCCGCCGGCCAGCCGCCGGCAAGCACGACAACGCCUUUGCCUGCAUCAGCCACGGGGAACCAGGACCUCCAGAGCGAGGAUUUGCCCUCCUUGCCUGACGCUGCCGCCGGAGCUCCUUUGCAGGAGGAAAGCCUGCCCCAGCCCUGCGGCCCACUGAAUGGUAGUCUAGGACAGUUGAGCGAGAAGCCGGUUCCGUCUUCAGCACCGGAUGAGCGGGUAAAAGACGAGUUCAGUGACCUUUCUGAGGGAGACUCCUCCAGUGAGGAUGAGAACAACAAGAGAGCCCGCUCUUCGGAUGACUCCUUUGAGCCUUACCCAGAAAAGAAGGUGUCCAACAACAGGAAGGCAGGCAGCAAAGAAGCCAAGAAGGCAGAAGAGCCCAAAGUCAGGAAGAAGCCAGGACCGAAGCCUGGCUGGAAGAAGAAGAUCAAAUGUGAAAGAGAGGAGCUGCCGACUAUUUACAAGUGUCCUUAUCAGGGCUGCACAGCUGUGUACAGAGGCGCAGAUGGCAUGAAGAAGCACAUCAAAGAGCACCACGAGGAGGUCCGGGAGAGGCCCUGUCCGCAUCCAGGCUGCAACAAGGUCUUCAUGAUUGACCGGUACCUUCAGCGCCACGUGAAGCUCAUUCAUACCGAGGUACGGAACUAUAUCUGCGACGAAUGCGGCCAGACGUUCAAGCAACGCAAGCACCUCUCGGUCCAUCAGAUGCGCCACUCAGGAGCUAAGCCCCUGCAGUGCGAGAUCUGCGGCUUCCAGUGCCGGCAGCGGGCCUCCCUCAAGUACCACAUGACCAAACACAAGGCCGAGACGGAGCUGGAGUUUGCCUGUGACCAGUGCGGGAAGCGCUUUGAGAAGGCCCACAACCUGAACGUCCACAUGUCCAUGGUGCACCCGCUGACCCAGACUCAGGACAAAGCCAAGGCGGCUGAGCCCGAGCAGGCAGCUGCCCCGCCGGACCCUUUGGGGACUGCCGAAAAGCAGCCGGUCAAGUUGGAACUGAGCACGCAACAGGAGCCUACCUGAGCUCAGUCGGGGGGAAAGGCAGCCCCAAUCCAGCCCUGCGCGACCCACCCCCAGGGGGGCGUUUUCCGUGUACAGGUUAAUGGGGUCUCCAGAAGAGGCACUCCGCGGAGGUCACUUCUGCUUGCUGCUCUUGAAAAAGCUUUCCAUUGCUGCGAUCCUCUCUCUGCUCGCAUCCCAACACCGCAGUUGUGCCAUACGGAGCAACGCAGACCGUCUCGCCAGAGGGAGCGGGCUGCCCUGUGUUCCCUGCAACACGGCGGCGAUCCUGGCCCCAAGGCGCCACACCUGGUUUUAAAGGUGAUGGAGGCGGUUUGGGGCCGGGCCACUUGUUUUAAAUUCAGUCCCAAAGCCAACAGAAGCAACCCCCACCCAAAACCAUUUGUAACCUAAUUUUUAUUGUAACAAAGUCAUGGUUAUGCUUGUAAUAAAUUAUUUACACAGUACUUGGGACAGAGCAGGCCCUGGAAGGCAGAUGCACUCUCUCUCCUGCCGCGCCUCCUCUCGUGUGGGCAGGGGUCUCUCUGUGCCAGCCAGCUGGCCCCUUCAGCCCUCAGAAAAGGAGCGAGUCUUCUUGUGCCAAGAGAGCCCCUUCUGCGCUGGAAUUCACCAGGGCAGCUUUGAUCUCUGGGUCAAGUUCGCCACAGAGGCCCAGGAGCUAGAGAGGGGGAAGAGAGGCUGGGGGUGAGGGACCAGUUCCGACUCCUCCAAAGCAACAUCCUUGGCCUCCCGCAGCCACACUGCCCUCCAAGCAACAAGAGACGGCUGCCACUCGGGCCCUGGAAGGGCAGACAGCUGGCAGCGCUUUGCAGGAAGAGCUCUUGAGCUCAGCGGGGUCAUCCCCGAGCACACAAAUGCUGCUCUGUGAUCGACCAUGAGUGUGGAGAGCAGCAGUGCAGAGUGUGCACAGACUCCAGGAGCUCGUGCCUCAGGAGCAGAGUGCGAAGGCUCGGGUUCAAUCCCUGGCCUCUCCAGGGGCUGCAGCGGAAGACGCCUUGGCACGACAUGCAGCUGCCGCUCGAGAGACAGAGAGCAGGGGGCCGCUCGGUGGAUGCAGCCCGAGCGACGUGGAGCCGUUCCGUCUCCCUUGUGGACCUAGUACUGAUUUGUGUCCCCCCACCCAUCUGUGUGUCCCCUCCUUCCAGAAUUGCAGGCGUGGGUUUUUAUUGUUUCGGUUUCCAAAUAAAUGCAGAAUUUGAAUCUGUG